AGGCUCAGCCCAAUCAACUGUAUGACAGGCCAAGCCUGUUAAGAGCAAAGCCUGGCCUGGCCUGUUUCCACCCCUAGGUACAACAGCCGUACAGCAAUUGAUUAAUGAAUACUUUGUGAGGAUUCUUCAGUCUUCACCAAUCACUGCCGCAAGCCCGCAAUCCCCGUCCAUAUCACCACCUUCAUUAUCGCCAUGAAUUUCAUACCCUUGCGGCGAGCGUAGCUGCUGCGUUCUUCACUCAUCAAUGAUGUUGCGUUCAUCAACAAGAGCUUCUCUGCGCUUCCUUCCGCAGCAAUCUCAAUUUGGCAAUGUGGAUUAUGCUAUUUGGUUUGUUGACCACAUGGAUAACAUGGGAUAUCAACCCGACGCCCACACGUUUGGAGCAAUUAUAAAUGGAUUGUGCAAGAUGGGCAACACCCCUGCUGCCAUUGCCAUUCUAAGGAAGACGGAAACAAGAAACUGCAAACCAAGUGUUGAUGUUACGGGUUAUAAUGCAAUUGUGGAUAGUCUUUGCAAGGAUGGGCUGCUAUCUGAGGCUUUGAGUCUAUUCUCCGAAAUAACAACGAAAGGUAUACAACCCAGUACUAUCACUUACAAUCGCUUGAUUCAAGGGCUCUUUACUUUCAGCAGAUGGCAGGAGGCUGCGUCUUUACUGAGCGAGAGGAAACAAAAGGGAAUUAUGCCGGAUACGCAUACUUUUAAUAUUUUAAUGGAUGCUCUUUGUAAAGAGGGAAAGAUUUCGAGUGCUAGAGCCAUACUUGGUCAAAUGGUACGAAUGGGAAAGGAGCCCGAUGUGGUCACCUAUAACUCGAUGAUUGCUGCUUAUUGUUCCCAGGAUCAAAUGGAGGAGGCCAUGAAAGUAUUUGAUUUGAUGGUUCACAAGGGAUGCGUACCAGAAGUCUACACUUAUAAUUCAUUAAUCCAUGGGUGGUGCAAGAUCAAAAGGAUUAAUAAGGCUAUUUAUCUCUUGGAUGAAAUGAUCGAUAAAGGUUUAAAUCUGAGUGUUGUGACUUGGAAUACUCUUAUCCAUGGAUUUUGCAAAGUGGGUAAACCGUUAGCUGCUAAAGAAUUGUUUUUUACAAUGCACAAAUUUGGUCAAUAUCCCGAUCUAUCGAGCUGUGCCACUAUAUUGGAUGGCCUAUUCAAAUGUCAUUUGUUUUCUGAUGCAAUAUCAUUAUUUAGAGAAAUGGAGAAGAAUAAUUUGGAUCUUAAUAUUGAAAUUUACAAUGUGGUGCUCGAUGGAAUGUGCCGUGCUGGAAAACUGAAUGAUGCGUGUGAACUCUUCUCUUGUAUGCCAACAAAAGGCUUGAAACCUGAUCAAUAUACAUAUACAAUAAUGAUCCAAGGUCUAUGCAGGGAAGGACUUCUGAUUGAUGCUGAAGAGCUGCUGAUGAAUAUGGAAGAGCAUGGCUGCUUGCCAAAUAGCUGCACAUAUAAUGUCUUCAUCCAAGGAUUACUACCACGAAAUGAUGUUCUGAAGUCAAUAAAAUAUUUUCAAAUUAUGAAAGAAAAAGGUUUUGCAGCAGAGGCUAGAACCAUGGAAUUGCUUGUAGAUUACCUCUCUAAGCACAAAGGAGAGAAUGCUUUUCAAGAAUUUGUGCAGAAAAUUGUUUGAAUAUAUCAAUAUAACCUCUUAGUUCUUCAUUUGAAUUGAGGAUUUGAUGUUGUGUAGAAACUGAUAC